UGGAUAUUGAAUUAGUACCAAUUUGCAAGGGCGGCUUUGUUAAUACGUAAAAUGAGCCGUAACAUUUACUACUCAGAGAAGUACUACGAUGACGUCUUCGAGUAUAGACACGUUCACUUACCGAAAGAUUUAGCAAAGCAAGUGCCCAAAAGUCACCUUAUGUCUGAAGUGGAGUGGCGAAAAUUGGGAAUUCAACAGUCAGCUGGUUGGGUUCACUAUAUGAUUCAUGAACCAGAACCACAUAUUAUUCUUUUCCGACGACCACGUACCGACAUACAACCUACAACAUCAAGUACUGUCACAAAAAGCGGAUCUGGGCAGGUUCCAAUGCAAGCGUAGCUGUAUUUGUAGAUACCACGUUCAAUUGACUUGUAGAAUAACUUUGGUUACAAAAUGUUGGUUAGAGUUUCCUGACAACUGACAACCAAUUGCUUAUGUUCAUAAAAUUGCUUAUUACCUGUGUUUACUCUUCGUAGUCUUUGCAUCUAUCUGUAGAACUUUGUCUGGCUUCAGGU